AUGGAGACUCAGGAUAAGCUAACAACUCUCCUAUGUCAGAGACUGACUGUGACACUCACACAGGUAAAAAAAACUGUAAAGUGUGGCACCUGUGGAAAAGCUUUUAGGUUUAGGUCUGCACUGAAUAAACAUCUGAGAAGCCACACAGAGUAUCGACCACACUCUUGCAACAUCUGUGGGAAAAAAUUCAAGCAGACAUCAAGUUUGAACACUCAUUUAAGAAUUCACACAGGUGAGAGGCCAUAUUCUUGUCCAACAUGUGGGAUGAGUUUCAAACAUAGUCAUCAUUUGGCUUAUCACAUCAGAACCCACACAAGGAUGAAGAGAUGUCACAGAAAACGGAUAGUCAGCUCUCAUAUUUCAAAGACUCACUGUGACGCUCACACAGGUAAAAAGUCCUUCAAAUGUGACAUCUGUGGAAAAACCUUUAGGUUUAGGUCUGUAUUGAAAAUACAUCUGAGAAACCACACGGGGGAGAGGCCGUAUUCUUGUGACACUGGGAAAACAUUCAAGCAUACAUCAAAUCUGAAUGUUCAUUUAAGAAUUCACACAGGUGAGAGGCCAUAUUCUUGUCCAACAUGUGGGAUGAGUUUCAAACAUAGUCAUCAUUUGGCUUAUCACAUCAGAACCCAC